GUAUUCAAAUUUAAUUUCCUUCCAUACUUCACAAGCAGCAGCCAAUUCAGGAUUCCAUUUGCUAGCCUCACGAAUAAUUUCAUUACCCUCACGAGCAAGAUCACGUCCCUCAUUACGAGCUUGUACACAUGCUUCUAGAGCUACUCGAUUAGCUACGGCACCAGGUGCAUUUCCCACUAAGUAGAAGUCAAAAUUUUGUAUCCGUUUUUCAUGAUAUUAUGCAUGGAUCAGAUAUAUCAUGGCGAAUUCUUCAGAAAAAAAUUGCGUCUUCCACAGUGGAAUCUGAUAAGUGAGAUUUCGAGUAAGUAUUUACAUAAUCUUCUUCUGUCCGAAGAAAUGAUUCAUCGAAAUAAUGAGCUACCAUUGAUAUCGACGAAUCCGUGGGUAUUUAGAGUCAUACUUACCGCCCUACUAACUAAGAUUUAAUCAUUUUUCACGUCAUCAACAGGAUCUAGUCAAGUCAUUGCACAAUACUACCAGCUCAUUCGAUUAGGCCUUGAGGGAUACAGGCACGUGAUGGAGAACUGCAUGGAGAACAUGAGGGUGCUCAAGGAAGGCCUGGAGAAGACCGGGAGGAUCGAGAUCGUGUCCAAGGACGUCGGGGUCCCGCUCGUGGCCUUCUCGUUGAAGGACAACUCGAGCCACGACGAGUUCGAGAUCGCCGACCUGCUGCGGCGCUACGGCUGGAUCGUGCCGGCCUACACCAUGCCGGCGGACGCCCAGCACGUGACGGUGCUCCGCGUGGUGAUAAGGGAGGACUUCUCCCGGACGCUGGCGGAGCGGCUCGUCAACGACAUCCAGAAGGUGCUCCACGACCUGGACAUGCUGCCUUCCAAGAUGAAGGCCAAGAUGGAGAUGGCCGGAGAGGACGCCGACAGGACCCUCUUCGGCAGCAAGAAGUCGGAGAUGGAGACGCAGCGGGAGGUCACCACGCUCUGGAAGAAGUUCGUCAUGGAGCGCAAGAACAAGAGCAGCGGCGUUUGCUAACUUACUUAACCUCAUCUACAUUUCAUUUGGAGAGCUUGGUUUGAUUGCCGCAUGGUUCUACUUUUUUUCGUCGCUUUGUUUUUGUCUUUUAUUGUUGCAUUUCGUUACCGAAUAUCCUUGUUUUGUUUUGAAGGGGUAAAAUAUAUACGAACAAAGGGGAACGAGCUACCACGAGCUACAAGCUACGUGUUUGUUUGUAGUACUGAUCAGAGAAUAAGGGUGCUUUGGGCUUCUGGGAAAUCACGCUAAUGCUCUUUUUUGGUGUAGAAUUUUCCUAAACCUUCAAGAUGUUAUUAGUAAACGAGGAAUUUAUUAGUAAAUUAGAUUUAUAUUGUUCUCUGAUGAGUUUGCAUUAUUCUCCAGUAUAUCAUACUUUUUAGGAAACAAUUGUUACAAAAAAAUGUCAGCUUAUUUCGGUGAAAUGUUAUAAAAAGAUGCUUGUUUUGGUUAAAAUAAUUAAAACAAAACAUAUUGAAUCGAGACAGUUGGAGAUUAACGAGCAUCUACCCGCAGAAAGCGAAUGAAGAACACUAUUAUUAGAGUCAACGAUCGAGGGCAGAUUGGCUUCGCGAUGGGGACAAAAAUACCGCCUUUUUCCACACAAAAAAAAACUACCAUCCGCAGAAUGGGCAAUACAAUUCGGAAGAUUAACGAUCUGGCGGGUCAUUGGCACACAGAACCAUCCUGAAUUUUGAGUGCUUUACUAAUUACUUUUCUGAUUUGUUCACUGCCAGUGUAGCCCGCAGGUAACUCCAGUGUUGGAUGCAAUUCCAAGCUCAGUAACGACGAAGCAUAAUAAUGAAUUAUUGAUACAGUUUCACAAGACAAAGCGCUGAAAAAGAUGGGAUCUAGCAAGGCUCCAGGAGAGGACGGUUUAUCAGUCCUGUUCUACGAGAAACAUUAGGCAGUUAUAGGGGAAGAAGUGAUGGCCACUAUGCUAAAUUUUAAGGUCAAGGUGCCAUCUACUCCCCUAGAAUUUCGACCCAUUAGUUUAUACAUUAUAUUGUAUAAACUUGUGGCAAAAGUCAUGGCUGACAGGCUGAAACUAGUGUUGGAUCUUGUUAUUUCGGAGGAGAAGAGUGCCUUUGUUCCGGGAAGGUUCAUCAUGCACGGAUAAUAUUAUGGCAGCAUACGAAUGCUUUCACUCAAUAAAAAUAAAUAUAAAACGAGUGUUGGGGUCUUUGUUGCGCAGAUCGAUAUGUUGAUGCCUAUUAUAGGGUGGAAUGGCAUUUCCUGUAAGAGAUUAUGCUACAUAUGGAAUUUGAUCGGAGAUGGGUGGAAUUAAUCAUGAACUGUGUGCACACAAUUACUUAUUCUGUCCUCGUUAAUGGACAUCAGUCAAAUAUUAUAACUCCGGGUCUUGGUCUUUGACAAGGGGAUCCACUUUCAUUGUAUCUAUUCCUCUUUUGCGCGGAAGGUCUCUCGACUCUUACGACGAAAGCGAUGAUAGAGAAGUGCAUGCAUGGGAUGUAUCCGACAAGGGGUGCUCCGAUAAUCUCCCAUUUUUUCUCACAGAUUACUGUGUGUUUUUUUGGUAGUGCUACGGUUCAUGAAAGUGGAGUGCUUAAGGAUAUCUUGCGAGCAUAUGAAAGAGAGUCGGGCCAACUUGUCAGUUUUCAUAAAUAUGUGGUUGCCUUUAGUGGCAAUUUCAAGCCGCACCAGAGGCUUAUGGUGAGUGAAACUCUCGAGAUGGUUACUGUGGAGAAGCAUGAUAAGUAUUUGGAUCUUCCUACUAUGGUGGGAUGCUCGAAAAAAGAAUUUUUUGCAAGACUGAAGGACAGAAUUAGGAAAAAGCUAAAAGGGUAAAAAGAAAAAACUCUCUCGGUGGUAGGACGUGAGACGUUGAUCAGAGUAGUGGCUCAUAUGCAACUUACCUAUGUCGUGUCAAUUUUCAAACUCUCGGAUGCCAUAAUUAACAAUGUCCAUAGUU